UAAGUCAACCAAGUGAGAUGCUCCCUGGCUCCAAAAUGAGCCCAAGGGCACUCCCGUUAUAAAAGUCUGAUGUGCGCUUCUCAACUUCAGAGUUUAGUAGCCAGUCAAUAGUCACUUUAACAGCAACUCAUGACCGCACACCGGUUCCUCAGAGAGCUACGCAUCCUCGAUCAACCUGUCUUACACGGCUCUAUGAACUAUUUCAUAGCCUUCCACCAUUUUCUCAAGCACACACGAGAUACUUGAACUCGAACUUGAGCUUGUGCUCACUUGACAAGCGACAAUGGCAAACUCUUCAACAAAGGCCACACAAGGAUCUGUUCAAUCCGAGAACCGAACAAACAAGAUCAAUGGUCAAGCCACAGCCGAAGAUAAGCAAAUCAUGAUGAUGAGAUUCGUGAACGACCUGUACGUGCCUGUUUCCGCACGUCUUCAGGACCCACUGUAUGUGCCCGGAAGCCACAUGCAGGACAGUGCGAGUUUGGGCCGUUUCACGAACCCCCCGCGGCCCCACUCCUCCACCGGCAUUGAGGGAAUCGGGGCCCAGUUUAUCGACUCUGGCCUCGGUACGAGUCGCUAG